GCAGAAAUUGCUUAGUGCUAGCGAGUAAUUACCCGUUUCGGGCCGGGGCAUCCAUCCUUAAACUCGCGUCUCCUCCCUCGUUCCCCCCCUCCGCCUCGGCGCCCCUCCCCAGAGCAGUAAGCCCUGCCCUACCUCCCCGACGCGCGCGUGCCCCCCAUGGCGCGGCGGCGCUGCUGAUGCCUCGCGGCGUCGGAUCGGGCGCGGCGGCCACCAACCCUAGCCGCGUGCGGAGGCGCUCGCCGAUCCCCCGACGCCCAAUCCGUCGGCGCGGAUCCUCCCCCGCGAGAUUCGGCGUCUCGUCUCGUUUCGUGCUGCCUAGGUGAGGUUCUGGCCCUCUGGGUGCGUUGAGGGGAUCUGCAUCCGUUUGCGUGUCUUCGAAACCGGCCAGCCCAUACCCAAGCAGCCACCCACUCGACUGUGCAAGUGCCGACCCACCUGAAGGUAGCGUGCGUGCGUCGCCUCGAUACCGUGCGAGCGCGCGCUGACGCUAACCCUGUCUACAGACGGAGCGGCGGUUCAGUGACCACCUCCGUGCAGCAAAGGGAACACCCGAGUCACCCGGCGGCUAGGUGCAAGGAUAGGCGUGCUUGAACAAUACAUCUGUGGAUCAAUUGAGCUGUAUUUUAGUCUUCCUGUUGUUGAUUAAAGUAGAGGUUAAGAAAUUUGACAAUUGUUAUCUUUUCAAGAAUACAUUGAAGUGCAAGAUGCCAAAAAUAAAGAAUCUCUCCAAUGCGUGUAAAGUCUCAUUUUCUCCAGAUGGGCCCAUAUCUGAAGAGGCACUUGAGAGAGUCCGUGCACUGUUAGAUGAGAUAAGGCCUUUAGAUGUUGGCCUAGAUAAUGAAGCACAAAUUGCACGCAAUUGGAAUAGUUCUACACGUCCAUCAAAUGGGAGACGGGGACGUAAUGGGGUUAACCAGUUCACCGCUCCAAUCAAAUAUUUGCACAUUCAUGAAUGUGAAAGUUUCUCUAUGGGUAUAUUUUGUAUGCCACCUUCUUCAGUUAUUCCACUUCAUAAUCAUCCUGGAAUGACUGUACUUAGCAAGCUUCUUUAUGGAAGACUGCAUGCUGAAUCUUAUGAUUGGAUUAACGUACCUGAUCAUCCAAGUGAUCAAUUACAAGCAAGACCAGCAAAGCUUGUCAGGGAUUGUGAAAUGACUGCACCAGAGACAACCAUUCUUUACCCCAAUAGAGGUGGUAACAUUCACACUUUCAGAGCCAUCACACCUUGUGCUCUCUUCGAUGUCCUUUCUCCACCAUACUCUGCUGAGGAUGGACGGCAUUGUUCUUACUUCCGAAAGUCUCUAGUGAAUCAACCACCUGUUGUUUUCCCGACUGAGAUAGAUAGCUCACAAGUAGUCUGUUUGGAGGAGUUGGAGGACCAUCAACCCCCAGAAGGCUUUGUGGUUGCGAGAGGUCUGUAUAAAGGCCCUGUAAUAAGGAGAUAAUUUGGUUGGAGCAUGGUAUCCAGCGAACUACGAAUCACCUGAAAGAGGAUGCAGGCUUCUAGUAUCUAAUGCAUGUGAGUUCUAGUAUGGCAAGCACCAAAUGGUCACUGUGCAAUCCAUGGUUUACUUUGUACAUGUCAAAGUGAUCUGUGAUAAUUUAACAGCAACUUUACAGAACAAGAAUGGAUGUUUAUGGUUUGACCAGAACUUUAAUUGUGUGCGCCACUGCUGGAGUAUCUCUGACCUAGCUAUGGAGCUGUUAUCAGAUCAAGACCUGUACGUACAUAAUUUUGAGCUUAGUGUAGCAUAGCAGUUGUCAUGCUGUACUGAGGAGAUCAAUGGAACAUGCUUUUUCACUUAAUGGUGUGGCGGUACUAUUUUGUC